UCCAAUGAAUUUAAUCAGUUAAUCAUGAAUUAUAAGGUAAAAUUAAACCGAAUUGAUUAUCUUCAGGUUGGAUUAACCUCUCAAAAUACAUUGAAAGCCUUAAGUCCAGGAUCAUCUGAUUCUCAUUUAACUGUAAUCGCCGUGAUUGGUGAUCAUUCUGGAGCAAUUAAUUGUUUCUCUCUUCGUUCUGAUUCCUCGACCUUAAUCAAUACAAUAUUUAAAACAUUACCUGUUCCCAAUGGUAAAAUUAAUUGUCUCCAAGUUACUCGAGAUCCAAUCGGUUCACCUAAAAUUUUAAUCACUUUUGGUUCCUCAUUGAUUCGUGGCUAUACCGGUAAAGGUAAACAAUAUUUCAGUUUACAAUUAAACAAUUUAACUGAACCAAUCAAGUAUUUCCAAAUUAUUUGGCCCAUUGAUGUUUACAUUUGUGGUUAUUAUAUUUAUAAUCAUUACGUUCUGACUCCCGAUACUUGGACUGAUAGUAAAAAUUGUAACAAUAAUAUUCAAUCAAAACAUUUCUACAUCUCUCCGAGUAAAAUAACGGGAUUAAUUGUGAUUUACAAUUCGAUUGGAAAACGAUCAGUUCCACUCAUUUCAUGUGAAGAUAGAUUGAUAAGAAUUUUGAACAAUUCGACUUGUCGAUAUGAACUCGAAACUUGUGGUGUUCCUAAUGUUUUAUUGGCCCUUGAAAGGUCAGCUAAAGUGUCGGAGGUUAAUUUUCUCUAUGGAACAUUGGAAGGUAAAGUGGCCUUAAUAUCGUUGGAGUUUGGUUUGAACGAAGUCAAUUCUGUCCAUAAAUGGUCAAUCCCUGAGAAAGGUUUUCGUUCAUCGGUUAAUUGUAUCUCCAUGUUGGAAUCAACUGGUCAGUUGUACAUUGGACGAUCUGAUGGUUCCGUUGAAAUUUGGUCUUUCAAUGAAACACUCGAACCUAAUGGUAGUUUAACUGUUGAUAUUGACCAAAGUCCAGUUCAAUCAAUAGACUUUAAUUGUGGUGAAAGUUUAACUUCAAUUUGUAUUUGUCGUGAAGGAUCACUAAUCCUUUGCUGUACUUUUACUGGAUUAAUUUUUGGAUUAACUAGAAACCAAAUGAUUGGUCAAACUAAUGGUCAGUUAGAACAAUCAUCAAUGAUAAUUAAUCGUGAUAUUGAACAGAAAAUUGGACAAUUAAAUAGUGAGAUUAGUUGGUUAGAGAAAAAAUUAACUCGUAAACGUGAAUUUUAUCAGAAUUUAACCUCAGGGCUAAUUGUUAAUAAGAAACAGAAAAACAGUCUAACCUAUUCAACUUUACCUUAUUUCACAAUUAACGAUUCAUUUGUGCUCCAUCAAGAUGCCUCGUAUCUCUUAACAUUGGAAUCAGAGGUUUCUAUUGAUUCGGUCAUUAUCCAAAGUGAACUUUCCCUCGAACUUAUCGAUUUAGAACGGAACUCAUCGGUUCUAAGUCUAAACGAGAAUUCGAGUCAACAAGUUUUGGCCACAUUUCGAUGUCAAGUUAAUGCAACUCGAUUCGAGACGAAAAUCAAAACAAUCGAAGGUCAAUCGGGUAUCGUUCGUGUUUAUAUCUUAACCCAAAUGAACCCGAAAAGUUGCCAAAUGAAAAUGUACCAGAUUAAAGCGUUGUCAUUACAUAAACGAAAUUACAAUCGAAUCGAUGAACAAUUAAUGACUCAUAUUAAUAAUCUUCAUAUUUAUGGUUCAUUUGGAUUAACUGAGAGUUUAAAUUGGCUUCAAUUGUGUUUACCUGAGAUUCCGGAGCGAAUUGAUCUAAUUGCUUCAUCUUCAAUUGAAUAUAAUUUUCAAUCAACUCUAAUGGAAACUUUUUUAAUUGUUAAUUUUUACAAAGGUUCAAUUGUUUUCCAAUCGGAUAAUAUAUCGACAAUUUCAAUUGUUAAAGAUUUUGUCACUCGAGAAGCGACCAAAAGAUCAAUACCAAUAGAGAUUAAUAUCAAAGUUAAUUAUAGAUGUUUAGGUGCUACAAUUAGUAAAUUAUUUCCUAAAUUGAAACAAUUACUUAACGAGAGAAAAGUUAAUCUAAUUCGAGAAGCAAUCAAAGAUUUACACAUUGUAGAACCAGAGAUCGCUGCAUCGAUAGAAAUUGAGAUCGAAACUAAUUACAGUCCAUUUGUAACGGUACAAUUUAACUUGGAACGAUUUUAUGGACUGAUAACUGACCUUUACCUCGAUUAUUAUAAACUCGAAGGUAUAGAACCAAAAGUGAUAAUGUCCAAUUUGGAAGGAAAAUUAAAUCAACUAAUCAAGUUGAUCGAAGACCAUUCGGAUACUCGUGACGAUCAAGUUAAUCUACUGGUUGAAAAUUUAAAUGAAUUUUGGAACAUCAAUUCAAUUGUUAAGAAUUGAAAUUUUUUUCCAAUUGUACUUUUCGAUUUCGACGAAAAUAAACUUUGAAAUA